GGGAAGCUUCACAGAGGAGGUAGCUUUUAAAUUGAGACUUGGAGGAUGAGUAGGAGGUGGCCAGAUCGAAAAGUUGAGGGAGAGGAGAGAGAAAGAUGAGUACUACAGUCGGUGAGAACCAACGUAAGCUCAGCAACUUUAAGGAGUAGGGGAGAGCGACUACUCCUUCUCUUCACCUCCCAUGGUCCAGAGUUGCUCACCCCUGGUCCAGAGCCUGCCCAGGGCAUUCACACCCACACCUGGAAGCCCAUGUCAUCUGCUGAGUCUAAAACUUCCUGAGAUGUAUCUCUAAAUAUCUCUGUGGGGAUUAAAAGCACCUUAGCAAUGAAACUCCUUAUACGUGGCUUUCCUAAGGAGCCAAUGGUGUCCUCAUAGCCAUAAAGUCUAAUCUGAAGAUAUAAAGGAGGCAUGAUUGGGGCCUCCUUGCUGCAUUCCCAUCUGGGCACUCACCAGACACUGAAUCUGCCAGCGCUUUGAUCUUGGACUUCCCGGCCUCCAGAGCAUGCCCAGCUAAGUAAUUGGUCAGGAGGGAAGGGGAGAAGCUACGAGCAAUUUCCUCCAAAAAAAGAAGAGGAAAAAAAAAUCACUGGAGAAAAGCUAGCAGAUGAAGAGAAAUCUUUUUCCACUCAGGGAAUGGCAAUUAAAAGGUUCACACUUCUGAGACAGGGUCUCAUUUUGUCACCCAGGCUGGAGCACAGUGGCACGGUUGAUCAAAGCUCAUUGCCGCCUCAAAUUCCUGGGCUCAAGCGAUCCUCUCGCCUCAGCCUCCUGAGUAGCUGGAACUACAGAUGACUCUCCUGCCUCCAGACGAUGAUGACGAUGGUGAUGAUGAAAACAUCUACCCUGUACCAGGUGCUGUGCUAAACUCUUCGCACACAUUAUCUCACUUCAUCCUUACAGCAGCCUUUGGAGCGAACACAGAAGAGUUUCUCUGCCAUGCAUACCCAGCAGUGGAAUUGCUGAAUCAUGAGGUGGAGUCUUGCUCUGUCGCCCAGGCUGGAGUGCAAUGGCGUGAUCUUGGCUCACUGCAACCUCUGCCUCAUGGAUUCAAGUGAUUCUCCUGCCUCAGCCUCCUGAGUAGCCAGGUGCCCACCACCAUGCCCAGCUAAUUUUUGCAUUUUAGUAGAGAUGGGGUUUCACCAUGUUGGCCAGGCUGGUCUCGAUCUCCUGACCUCAGGUGACCCACAUGCCUCAGCCUCCCAAAGUGCUGGGAUUACAGGUGUAAACCACCACGCCUGGCCUGUAUUUUUUAUUUUAUUAUUUGAAGUGUGAUGGGAAAGAGAUAGUUGCUUAUAGACUACAGUCCAUGUCUCCAAAGAUCUUCUGAACGUGUCCCCGCUCCGUGAACCCACAGUGAUCUGUUUGUUUUGCCUGGUCCCAGCUUAUGCAUUCUUCGAGUCUUGGUAACCAGGAUGUUUUGUCUGUUCAGGCUCUAAAACGAUCAGUGGGAUAGGAACCAAAGUUAAGUAGCUUAGGAUGCGUCAAGAUGAACCUGGGAAAACUGCGAGCUGCCGUGCUGACUGGACUGCUUCUCUGAAUCAGCUAGAACUUCUUUUUGUGUCUAGUUUUAAAAGCUCCUCAGAAGCAACCCUAAAUCCAGAAUCGUUUCAAUUAUUAUGAGAGGAAUUCUGAAGUUCUCAUUAAACACACGAAUGUCUCAAGCUUUGAACAGAGCCAGAUGCCAAAGGCAAGAAUCCCAGGGCAUUGCCCACCUGGGUGUGAUCCCCUGAUAAUUGUCUAACAAAUUCAGCAUGUGUCCCCUGGGCAUGACCAUCUGCUGGGAAAAGUUCCAGAACCCUGAGACAUCUUGGGAUUCCUGUGGUUUAGGAAAGACCUUUAACUACCAGCUGGUAGUUGUCUCAGCGUUCUUCAAAUAGUCCGGUCUUGUUUAAUAUUUUUAAUAUUAUUAUUUAAUUUUAUUUUAUUGCAGCUGUACUUAGAGAAUAGUCCAGUCUUGAGACCUCUUCACUGUGGUCUGUUCUGGUGUACGGCUCCCACCAGUGCGAAGCAGAAGGAUGACUUUGCUCUGUUGUCAGGACAACCUUGAAGGAAGGUGCCAAAUGUGUGGAGGUCUGUGGGAAGAGAGAGCCACCUAGCAUGUCCCCACUGAACCAGUCAGCAGAAGGCCUUCCCCAGGAGGCCUCCAACAGAUCCCUGAAUGCCACAGAAACCCCAGAGGCUUGGGAUCCCAGGACCCUCCAGGCGCUCAAGAUCUCCCUUGCCGUGAUCCUUUCCAUCAUCACACUGGCCACAGUCCUCUCCAACGCCUUUGUACUCACCACCAUCUUACUCACCAGGAAGCUCCGCACCCCUGCCAACUACCUGAUUGGCUCCCUGGCCACCACUGACCUCUUGGUUUCCAUCUUGGUCAUGCCCAUCAGCAUCGCCUAUACCAUCACCCACACCUGGAACUUUGGCCAAAUCUUGUGUGACAUCUGGCUGUCUUCUGACAUCACGUGCUGCACAGCCUCCAUCCUCCAUCUCUGUGUCAUUGCUCUGGACAGGUACUGGGCAAUCACGGAUGCCCUGGAGUACAGUAAACGCAGGACGGCUGGCCACGCGGCCACCAUGAUCGCCAUCGUCUGGGCCAUCUCCAUCUGCAUCUCCAUCCCCCCGCUCUUCUGGCGGCAGGCCAAGGCCCAGGAGGAGAUGUCGGACUGCCUGGUGAACACCUCUCAGAUCUCCUACACCAUCUACUCCACCUGUGGGGCCUUCUACGUUCCCUCAGUGUUGCUCAUCAUCCUAUAUGGCCGGAUAUACCGGGCUGCCCGGAACCGCAUCCUGAAUCCGCCCUCACUCUAUGGGAAGCGCUUCACCACGGCCCACCUCAUCACAGGCUCUGCAGGGUCCUCCCUCUGCUCGCUCAACCCCAGCCUCCAUGAGGGGCACUCGCACUUGGCUGGCUCCCCUCUCUUUUUCAACCACGUGAAAAUCAAGCUUGCUGAUAGUGCCCUGGAACGCAAGAGGAUUUCCGCUGCACGAGAAAGGAAAGCCACUAAAACCCUGGGCAUCAUUCUGGGGGCCUUUAUCAUCUGCUGGCUGCCCUUCUUCGUGGUGUCUCUGGUCCUUCCCAUCUGCCGGGACUCCUGCUGGAUCCACCCGGCGCUCUUUGACUUCUUCACCUGGCUAGGCUAUUUAAACUCCCUCAUCAAUCCAAUAAUCUACACUGUGUUUAAUGAAGAGUUUCGGCAAGCUUUUCAGAAAGUUGUCCCUUUCCGGAAGGCCUCCUAGUCUUAUUCGGUGAUGACUCUUGUUAUCUUUUGUGUCCUGUAACCUCAUCAGGAUUGUCUUUUUUUUUUUUUUUAAUUAUUUUCUGAGACUUGGAUUAAUUAAUCAUAUCUUGAGUCUUGGUUCAAUCAACAGAAUUGUUCUUUUUCCUGUUGUUUUCUUAACUUCUGAAAGAGCUGUGGGUGGUGGGGGGUGGGAGGCAGGACUGAUUUCACUACUUAGCAUAAUAUUUUCUUUCUUUUUUUUUUUCUUGAGACAGAGUCUUGCCCUCUCACCAGGCUGGAGUGCAGUGGCGCAAUCUCGGCUCACUGCAACCUCCGCGUCCCGGGUUCAAGAGAUUCUGCCUCAGCCUCCAGAGUAGCUGGGAUUACAAACGUGUGCCACCAGGCCCAGCUAAUUUUUGUAUUUUUAAUAAAGAUGGGGUUUCAUCAUGUUGGCCAGAGUGGUCUCGAUCUCUUGACCUCGUGAUCCGCCUGCCUCGGCAUCCCAAAGUGCUGGGAUUACAGGCAUGAGCCACUGUGCCUGGCCAACAUAAUGUUUUCACAGUUCCUCUUUGUUGGAAGAAAUGUGACCUACGAGAUUCCCAGUUGAUACAGUUCAGGUGAGAAGCUGUAUCGACUUAACUAUAGAAAAGACCCCAGGCUCAAAGGGAAGGCUCUCUGGUCUACCUGAGAUCUAUAUGGAGCUUAAAGGAGGGUGGAUAAGAUUAAUGACCUGAAUUGAAAGAGAAUUUGGAGCCAGGAUGGGUCUCCAUUCUGUGUGGCACCUUGAUUGGAAAAUAAUUUCCAUGCGUUUCUUCCACUGAGUCUUUCUUAGAUUAAAUCUCUCCCAGUUGUCCGUGAAGAGAAAGUCAGUAUUUGCAGUGCCAGUGAUAUAGAGUGACUUGGAGAGAGAUUCAGAGGUUAGCGGUAGCGGGGGUAGGAUGGUUGGGACCAGACUGACUACCCUGUACCCUUCCUUCUUCCCCAAUAUCCCUGCACCAUCUUCACAUUCUGAAGUUGAAACCCAUGAUCACCCCUUUGAGGUAGAUUGACGGGCUUUAGACACUUGCCCCCCAGCCCCCGCUUUGCCUGGGACACCAUCCUGAAUUUUUUUUCUGAAUUUUUUUUACAUCUCUUUCUCAUUAGAGAUCUGGAAACUCAUUAGAGAUGUUGAGUCUUAUCAAAUAAAAAGCACGAGACAUCAUG